AUGGUGAAUGAACCACAACAACAGCAGCCAACCUCCUCAACUGCCAAGUUCUCCAAUCCUCAUAAUCUUAUGUUAUAUUUUCUUUUCUUUGGCUUUGGUCUAGUUAUUGGUGUUACACUUGGCUUCUAUCCCAAAGAUUUUUCCUUCAAGUUGCUAUCCAAACAAUUCCAAAUCCAAACACCUCCACCAUCACCACCUCUUCUACCAUCAAAGCCAAAUGAUCAGAAAAAACCACCACCACCGCCACUACCACUACUACCACCGCCGCCACCUUUCAAAAAUGGCACUUUUGGUCGUCGGAUUGGCUUGAAAGAAUAUCUAAGACCGCCUAACAUGAUGCACGACAUGAACGAUGAGGAAUUGCUUUGGAGAGCCUCAAUGGUACCCCAGAUUCGCCAAUCUCCGUUCAACCGCGUGCCGAAGGUGGCUUUCAUGUUUCUAACAAGAGGAGAACUUCCAAUGGCUCCUCUCUGGGAGAAAUUCUUUAAAGGCCAUGAACGACUUUACUCCAUUUAUGUACAUGCUUCACCGUCCUUCAAUGGAACUCUGCCAGAAGAAUCUGUCUUCCAUGGACGAAGAGUCCCCAGCAAGGGGGUAGAAUGGGGAAAGGCUAGCAUGAUUGAAGCGGAGCGGCGCCUACUCGGCAAUGCUUUACUGGACAUAUCCAAUCAACGCUUCGUUCUCCUCUCAGAGUCUUGCAUUCCUCUCUUCAACUUCACCACAAUCUACUCUUAUCUCAUGGACUCGGAAAAAACCUUCAUUGAGGCCUACGAUAAACCAGGGCCGGUUGGGCGAGGCCGGUACAACAGGAGAAUGAAGCCAUUAAUCAAGCCCCACCAAUGGAGAAAAGGCGCACAGUGGUUCGAGGUGGACCGGGACCUCGCCAUUGAGGUCAUCUCCGACCGGAAAUAUUAUCUGGUAUUCAGAAGGUACUGCAAGCCCCCAUGUUAUUCAGAUGAGCACUACCUGCCUACAUUUGCGAGUUUGAAGUUUUGGUAUAAGAAUGCAAACAGGACUUUGACUUGGGUUGACUGGUCCAAGGGUGGGCCCCACCCAAAGGGCUUUUACAGAACAGAAGUAACCGUUGAGUUGCUGGAGAAGAUGAGGACUGGGAGCCAUUGUACUUACAAUGGAAACAGAACCAAUAUUUGCUUCUUGUUUGCUAGGAAGUUCUUGCCAAGUGCUUUGGUUAGACUACUAAGGUUUGCUCCAAAGGUCUUCAAGUUCAAUUGA